AUGUCUGCAAAAGAUAACAGGCAUCUUCGUGGUGCUGGAAAUAAAUCUUCCACAAAUACGCAUACAAUGGCUGUUUUGAGGAGAAGAUUCAGUAAAGUGUUUAAGCUAACCUUAUUGUUCUGCCUCAUAGCGGUUGGCCUCAUUUUCUUCCACUUGGGCCAAUAUUCUGAUGCGGUGCCAACACAAUACAAAGACUAUUUGAAGAGCUAUAUAACUUCUAACAGUACAUCUUCUGUUUCAGCAGAACAUGAUAUAGAACAAGAGAAUUCCAGUAGUUACAAUGACAACAAUAUAAAGUCUUUCUUUGACACUGUUUUCCAACAUAUACUUGAUUAUUCACCAACAGGUAAGUCAGAGAGAAUAUAUAACAAGGAAAAAUGCCUGUUGAACAGCGUUGUAGGAUAUAGUCCUGAUAACUACAAGGAUUGGUACAAAUUGUCAUAUGAGAAUUUGGGAAAUUGUCUAGAAAUUUCUGAUGAUGAAUAUACCAACUUACAAUCCAACCAUGCUUCAUUUAUCGAAGAAAUGGAUAAGCUGACUUUGCCCAAUGAUAUUUAUCAAGGAGAUGGGAUCGUUCUAGUGGCAGGAGGUAAGUUUUCUCUUCUAUCAUAUUUAGUCGUCAAGACUAUUAGAAAAUUUGGGACAACUUUACCCGUUGAAGUCUUCAUCCCGCCUGAUGAAGUAGAGGAGGAAGCAGAAUUUUGUAAAACAAUGCUAAAUGAAUUUGAUGCAAAAUGUGUUUAUAUAUCUGAUAUAUUGCCGGAAAGCAUGAUUUCACACUUCGACUUUAAAGGCUACCAAUUUAAAUCAUUAGCCAUUAUUGCAUCCAGCUUCGAAAAUUUAUUAUUAUUAGAUGCUGAUAAUUUCCCAGUGAAAAAUUUGGAUAAUAUAUUCCAGCAGGAGCCAUACACUACAACUGGUCUGAUUCUAUGGCCAGAUUUUUGGAGAAGAACUACACAACCAAUGUUUUAUGAGAUAGCAGGAAUAUCAGUAAAUUUGCAAAAGAGAGUUCGUAAUGCCAUCGAUAACUUGACUCCUGUACAAGUAUAUGAUAAAUCCGAUCAAGAAAUGGAUGUACCAUACCAUGAUUUUGAAGGUGCUAUGCCAGAUGUAUCAACUGAGUCAGGUGAAUUAAUGGUAAAUAAAGUUGAACACCUAAAGACUGUCCUAUUGGCCCUAUAUUAUAAUGUCAAUGGUCCAAAUUGGUAUUAUCCUAUAUUUUCACAAGGUCUUGCCGGUGAAGGUGAUAAAGAAACGUUUAUUGCUGGUGCAACCUUCUACAAUUUACCUUUCUAUCAAGUGAAAACUAAAGUGGGGGUGGAUGGCUACCACAAGGAAGACGGAUUCCGUGGUGUUGCCAUGUUACAACAUGAUUUUGUUCAAGAUUAUGAUCGUUAUAAAUUGGCUCAACUUAAGAUCGAUAAAAAAUAUUUACCUUCGAAUGAGGUUUUAUAUGAUAAAGACUAUACGGUUCAAAAAUUUUAUGAUGAAUACUUCAACAUUGAAGGUAACGAAACUGAUGUUCUAUUUGUUCAUUCACAUUUACCUAAAUUUGAUCCUGUCUCAUUAUGGAAAGAUAAUGAUUUAAUAAAGGAUGGUAAACAUUUAAGAUCCUACACGAAUUUGAAUAAGUUUGGCUACUAUGACAUUGAGUAUGAAAACUUCAAGACUAUGAAGGAAUUACUCUGUGAAAGUGAUACCCAUUUCUAUUAUAUUGAUGAGGCAUUUAAGGACAAACCUGAGGAGAAAGCGGAUUUCUGCAAAUAUAUCGUUGAUCGAUAUGAAUUUUUGAACGAAACCCAUGACGCAGUAACGUCCGUCUGA